AUGAGACGAAAACAUGCAAAAAUUACAAUCAAUCAAUCAGAGUUUAUUUUUAUGGCCUUUCCAACAACCCAAAGGGUGACCAAAGUGCUUCACAGAGGAAAAACAAGACAACAACUUGAAAACAACACAGUAGCUUAAAAACAGGACAAACAAUCACACUCACACCUACAGGAACAUUUAGGAUCAUCAGUUAACCUCAGCAUCUUUUUGGACUGAAAUGUAGAUCAAAUAUGCAUUUCUAAAUAGAAUAUGCAAGUGUUUACUUUUAAAUGUGAUCAAGAAAACUUGCCUUCAGCCCCAUGUUAGUGAAAGCUGGAAUUACUGACAGUUACAAAUGAAGUGUUUUGAUUUGAACUGAACUGAAAUCCAACCAAAGCAAAGCAGCUUAGCAAUAAGGACAGUCUGCUCUUGAGAUCUCACUGAACCAGUCGGUGUUUUUGUUGCACAGACCACAGAAAACUUUCAGCACCACUGUCACACAUCAUUCAGCUGCUUUUCUAAAGAUGGAUGUCGGGGACUCUCUGAAUCAGCCUCCAAAUGGACUGACAUUUCAUCUAGCCACACUUGAACGAAUGUUGGAGGCUGACUUUGCAGAGUAUGCACGUACGCUGCUGGAACUGCUCCGUACAGUCACCUAUCACGGAGUGGACGAUCCUCUGUUCUGCGAUCUGAGGCACAUUUUUGACCGCUACUUCACUGAGAACAUGAACAACAUUAUCAUGGACAAUGUGGAACACGACAUAAUCAGACCAGAGGUGGAGGUUAUCCAAGAAGCAGAAGCAUCUGAUGAUCCUCAGCCUGAAGCAUCGAGGCGAUGGCAGCGUGAGGAGGAGGAGGAUGAUGAAGGUGAAGACGCCCCCAGCAGAAGAUUCCUCUGGUGGGAUGAGUUUGAUGACACUGACAGUGAUGACAGUGAUGAAGAUGACGAUGCUCCAGUCCAUCACCAAGACAGUGAGGCUGAUCCAGGUGAUCUUCCUGCUGCAUCAAGAAAAAGAUCAAGAGAAGACGACGAGGAUGUCCAUUCUCAGGACAGCAAACAUUGCCGAUUGUGGAAAAAGAGAGAAAGAGAUGAGGAUGAAGACGGCGAUGAGGGAAGUCCUAAACGUUUCAGACUGAAGUGAUGCAAGCAAAGAGUGAUAGAACAGAGCGACCAGGAAGACGUAGAAAAAAAACACCUGGUCGCUUCAAAAUGAUAGAAAGGGAAAAAGGAAAAAACAAAAAAGAAUGCAGAUCAUUUUCUCUGCAAUCCCUUUCCAGUCAACAAACAAAUGACAGUUUAAAAUGAUUUUUUUUCACUACAGUUUACUACAUGUUGCAUUUUGCCCUAAUUAGACGCUGGUUUAUGAGAUGGUUUUAGACAGAGUUUUACUUUCUACCUGCUGCCUCUAAAAUGACACGAAAAGAU